AUGACUCUAAAGCUCAUCUCUGUUCUUUUUCUUUUUCUUUGCAGUACUACUAUUGUGAUGGGAGAAGCUGAAAAGACCCCUGUCACUGUAUUCAUGUGCGCUGAUAGUGGUGAUCACUCCGGCGCCCCGGAGUUGUCUUUCAUUCAAGGCGCCAUGAUGAACUCUCGUGCGGUUCAGAUCCCAUUCUGUCAGACCGCCUACUUUGGAGAACUUGUGGGAAAAGAUGGAAAUAUAUUUUCAGCCUUGGCAAUAACAACGGGAAUUGGAUAUGCGAGUGCAACAUCCUGCACUGUACAGUUAAUGCGAUUCUCUGCAUAUAAACCAAAAUCCAUUGUUUUUCUCGGUACUUCGGGAUUUUCACCCUUUCAAGGUGGAUUUGAUCCACUCCAUAAAGAAUCUGGAUGUCAUCCUGUGAGGGAUGCCGUUCCAAAGAAUGCGAUUGGUAGUGUAUGUGUGACAAGUGGAUCGUUUCUUAUGGAGUCUGGUGAAUGUAUUGAAGACUUGGCCGAUAAUCAAUGUUCUCGCCCUAUGUGCUCACGAUUUAAUAAAACUACGGCGUUAAAUCAAAUUGUUGCGAAUCCUUUAUUAUCAGAUGCCAUUCGUGCAGCCAAUAAGGAUGUAAAAUUUCCUCAAAUGUCAUCUACGGUUGUGGAUGGUCUGAAGAAGUGGUGGUCUUCGAAUGAAGCGGCUGAAAAUCCAAAUACCCCAAUGGAACCGCGUAUUGUGCAGUGUGCAGAAUCUACAUAUAAUUCUAUUUUUGUUGGGGCUCAACGGGACUAUCUUUGUCGUGAAUAUACUGCUCAGGUGAUGAAAUUACCGAUAAGUGAAGUUGUGUGCGCACAGGCAAUGGAGGGUUUCGGAUUCCUAAAGGCCAUGGUGAAUUUUCCAGAUGUUCCAGUGGCAGUGAUACGGUCAGCAUCCAACUAUGAUAUGUAUCCACUUAAGUGGAAUGUUAAUGGACGUUGGGAACAAAAUCUGAAUUACGUCUCGGAGAAGGAAUAUGGUACUUUUCUAAAUGCAUCGUUUCAUUAUUCCGUUAAGACAGCUUCAUUUGUUGUCGCCAACUACUUUCUCAAUAAAACUUUUGAAGCAUAA